AGUAGGCAGUGAAUUACUGACAAACAACCGUAGCACACAUCCUGGCACAAGGCCUGAAUAUUUUCAGAGCCAGGUGACAAGACGGAGACAACGACGUCGACAGCGACAAGACCUGGGAAAGGACCAAGGAUGAGCCUGAGUGCCAUCCUGAGGAGUGUGAGCAAAGGUCUAGGCUUCGGGGACGGAGCAAAAAGAAAGGAUUCGGAUAGCCUACCGUUCGCCACCCGCCAUAAGUUCAUAUCGCGUCACAGUUCCCCUUCGAGCUCCACCUCAAGGUCUUCCGCCAUUUCACGUAGCCUUCGAAUCCCCUCGGAGGACGAAGAGGACAGCUCCCCGGACGAGGAUUGCCUGGCCUCGGCUGCUGUGCAGUUGGCCAAAACCCAUAAUCCUUACCAGCAGACCAUCCAGCAGAUCCUGCGACUGGUCAGCGAACUGGAGCACACCAUCCGCGAGGAUCAGCAGCAGGAGUUCAAGCUGCGGAUGGCCCUCGAUCGGCAGACGGAACGGGUUAACGAACUAUUGUUCUCACUGGAUACGGAAAAGCAGCGGAACGGACGGCUGGUGCAGCUGCUCCGGGGAAUCGAUACCUCCAGCUCCGGGGACAGCGAUCCCGAGGACAAAAUUCCCAGCGGAUCGAAUGUCAAGUCCAUCGGUGACUUGUACAAUUCCAUCAGUCCCCUGCUCAUGCAACAGCGGUACGAUGAGCUCUCGGUGUCCCAUCGCCAGAGUCGUCGACAGUUGGCAAAGAAGGACAAAGCUCUCAAGGUCCUCAAGUGUGAGACAGAGCAGCUGCACUCGAAAUACGAUCAGCUUUUCGAUGAGUAUCGGAGUGAACAGCGCCGCUUUGAGUUGCUUUGUGCUCGCUACAUCCAGAUGCAGAUGAAAAAGAAGCAGCAAAUCUUCAACCUGAAGAAUACCCUCAGUCACGCCAGUGAGUGCAUCUUCCAUGCCCAAGUGGCCAUCGACGAGGGCUGUCAUCGGGAGAAGUCCGCCAUUUCCCAGGAGCACCUGCUCAACUUCAGCAGGAAUGUGGAGUGUUUUAUCGAAGCCCUGAGGAAUUGCUGCUGCCUGCGAAAAGUCCACGAAAUUCAGCAGCAAAAGCUCGAUGGAAAAGAGCUGGCCAAGAAGCAGAUCGAUGAUGCGGUUACCCUGAAAGCCAAGGAACCCUCGAUAGCCAGUAGUGGCACCUACGUUCAGAAUUCCUCAAAACUUCAGCCUCGCAUCCGACGAUACAGACAUACAACUCGUUGAAGCUUCACUUUCUCAGUUACUCCUUAGCGUUAGGUUAAUUUUGUAAUCUUUUGUCCAAUGGAAAAUUGCUUCAUUUAGCCAAUGAAAAGUGUAAAAAAAAAAAACAAAAAUAUGUUAACACAAAAAUAAAAACCAAUCACAACCA